AUGCGGAAGCGGAGUUUCCCCUCCCCUACUGCCUCCCAAUUGGCGGCGCGGGGAGCGCUAGCGGCGCCGGGUUCUGAUUGGCGGGAAGUUCGCAGCUGCGGCUUGGACGGUGGAGAAAUCGCUGCCACCGCCACUAGCCCCAGCCCCAGCCAGCCCAUCGAGGUUGCUGGGGUCCCGGGCCGCCCCGCCGGCGUUGCCGCUUGUCGCUGCUGUCCAGGCCAGACAACUAAGAGAAGCCGCUGCAUCCGAGCCUCCUGCAGGGUCCGAAGUUGCCGGCCAGAAAAGUGCGCAGGCACCCAGCGGUGCCUGAUCCCAGGGUCUCCAUCAAGAAGCCCCAGCCCCAGCCCCAGCCCCAGCAUCAGCCCCAGCGUGAGGAAGAGGCAGGUGGCCCUCAACUGGCCGGCCCUCAGGCUGCAGGAGGCCCAAGCUCUGCUGAAGCGGCGGCGGCCCCGCGGGCCAGGGGGCCGGGCACUGCUGAGAAAGAGGCCCCCGCAGCGCGCCCCCGGGGGCCAGGCCCCGGUUCUUUGUCCCUUGAUCUGUCACAACGGUGGUGUGUGCGUGAAGCCCGACCGCUGCCUCUGUCCCCCGGACUUCGCUGGCAAAUUCUGCCAGUUGCACUCCUCAGGCGCCCGGCCCCCGGCCCCAGCUAUUCCAGGCCUCACCCGCUCCGUGUACACCAUGCCACUGACCAAUCACCGCGACGACGAACACGGCGUGGCGUCUAUGGUGAGCGUCCACGUGGAGCACCCGCAGGAGGCGUCGGUGGUGGUGCACCAGGUGGAGCGUGUGUCUGGCCCUUGGGAGGAGCUGGACGCCGAGGCAGUGGCUCGGGCGGAGGCGGCGGCGCGGGCGGAGGCGGCGGCGCCCUACACGGUGUUGGCGCAGAGCGCGCCUCGCGAAAACGGCUACUCCGACGCCUCUGGCUUCGGUUACUGCUUUCGGGAGCUGCGCGGAGGCGAAUGUGUGUCCCCGCUGCCCGGGCUCCGGACGCAGGAGGUCUGCUGCAGAGGGGCUGGCUUGGCUUGGGGCGUUCACGACUGUCAGUCGUGCUCGGAGCACCUGGGGAACUCUGACCGUGUAGGCUCCCCAGAUGGACCUUGUCCAACCGGUUUUGAAAGGGUUAAUGGGUCCUGCGAAGAUGUGGAUGAAUGUGCAACUGGCGGGCGCUGCCAGCAUGGGGAGUGUGCAAACACGCGUGGUGGGUACACGUGUGUGUGCCCUGAUGGCUUCCUGCUCGACUCAUCCCGCAGCAGCUGCAUCUCCCAACAUGUGAUAUCGGAGGCGAAGGGGCCCUGCUUCCGCGUGCUCCGUGACGGUGGCUGCUCGCUGCCCAUUCUGCGCAACAUCACCAAGCAGAUCUGCUGCUGUAGCCGCGUGGGCAAGGCCUGGGGCCGGGGCUGCCAGCUCUGCCCACCCUUCGGCUCAGAGGGUUUUCGGGAGAUCUGCCCGGCUGGCCCUGGCUACCACUACUCAGCCUCUGACCUCCGCUACAACACCAGACCCCUGGGCCAUGAGCCACCUCGAGUGUCCCUCAGCCAGCCACGUGCACCACCGGCCACUGCUCGGCCACCAACAGGCUUUCUGCCCACCCAUCGCCCAGAGCCCCAGCCUGAGCCGCAGCCUGAGUCCCGGCCUGGUCCUGAGCUUCCUGUGCCUAGCAUCCCAGCCUGGACUGGCCCUGUGAUUCCUGAAUCAGGUCGCUCAUCGAGCAUGUGCCAGCGCAAUCCCCAGGUCUGUGGCCCAGGACGCUGCAUACCCCGGCCCAGCGGCUACACCUGCGCAUGUGAUUCCGGUUUCCGACUCAGCCCCCAGGGCAGCCGCUGCAUUGACGUGGACGAAUGUCGCCGCAUUCCGCCGCCCUGUGCUCCCGGACGCUGCGAGAACACACAGGGCAGUUUCCGCUGCGUGUGCGGCCCAGGCUUCCGAGCUGGCCCGCGGGCUGCGGAAUGCCUGGACGUGGACGAAUGCCACCGCGUGCCGCCGCCGUGUGACCGCGGGCGCUGCGAGAACACACCAGGCAGCUUCCUGUGCGUGUGCCCGGCCGGGUACCAGGCUGCGCCGCACGGAGCCAGCUGCCAGGAUGUGGACGAGUGCACCCAGAGCCCGGGCCUCUGUGGCCGCGGGGUCUGCGAAAACCUGCCCGGCUCUUUCCGCUGUGUUUGCCCGGCUGGCUUCCGGGGCUCAGCGUGUGAAGAGGAUGUGGAUGAGUGUGCCCAGGAGCCACCGCCCUGCGGGCCAGGCCGCUGUGACAACACAGCUGGCUCCUUUCACUGUGCCUGCCCAGCUGGCUUCCACUCCCGAGGGCCGGGGGCCCCCUGCCAAGAUGUGGACGAGUGUGCCCACAGUCCCCCACCCUGCGCCUACGGUCGGUGUGAGAACACAGAAGGCAGCUUCCGGUGUGUCUGCCCCGCUGGCUUCCAACCCAACGCUGCUGGCUCCGAGUGCGAGGAUGUGGAUGAGUGUGAGAACUACCUAGCUUGUCCUGGGCAGGAGUGCGUGAACUCACCCGGCUCGUUCCAGUGCAGGGCCUGUCCCGUUGGCCACCACCUGCACCAUGGCAGAUGCACUGAUGUAGACGAAUGCAGUACGGGCGCCCCCUGCGGUCUCCACGGCCACUGCACUAACACCGAAGGCUCUUUCCGCUGCAGCUGCACUCCGGGCUACCGGGCGCCAUCCGGCCGGCCAGGGCCCUGUACAGACGUGAACGAGUGCCUGGAGGGCGACUUUUGCUUCCCCCAUGGCGAGUGCCUCAAUACCGACGGUUCUUUCUCCUGUACCUGUGCCCCCGGCUACCGGCCCGGACCCCGCGGAGCCUCUUGCCUCGACGUGGACGAGUGCAGCGAGGAGGACCUGUGCCAGAGCGGCAUCUGUACUAACACCGACGGCUCCUUCGAGUGCAUCUGUCCUCCUGGACACCGCGCCGGCCCGGACCUCGCCUCCUGCCUCGAUGUGGACGAAUGUCGCGAGCGAGGCCCAGCCCUGUGCGGGUCCCAACGCUGUGAAAACUCCCCCGGCUCCUACCGGUGUGUCCGGGACUGUGAUCCGGGCUACCACGCAGGCCCCGAGGGCACUUGCGACGAUGUGGAUGAGUGCCAAGAAUAUGGCUCUUUGAUUUGUGGAGCCCAGCGCUGUGAGAACACCCCUGGCUCCUACCGCUGCACACCGGCCUGUGAUCCUGGAUAUCAACCUACGCCAGAGGGUGUAUGCCAGGAUGUGGAUGAAUGCCGGAACCGGUCCUUCUGUGGUGCCCAUGCCGUGUGCCAGAACCUGCCAGGCUCCUUCCAGUGCCUCUGUGACCAGGGAUAUGAGGGGGCGAGGGACGGGCGUCACUGCGUGGAUGUGAAUGAAUGUGAAACACUACAGGGUGUGUGUGGAGCUGCCCUGUGUGAAAAUGUCGAAGGCUCCUUCCUCUGUGUCUGCCCCACCAGCCCUGAGGAGUUUGACCCCAUGACUGGACGUUGUGUUCCGCCAAGAACAUCUGCUGGCACAUUCCCAGGCUCACAGCCCCAGGCACCUGCCAGUCCCAGUUUGCCUGCCAGGCCACCCCCGCCGCCUCCACCCCGCAGGCCCAGCACACCUAGACAGGGCCCUGUGGGCAGUGGGCGCCGGGAGUGCUACUUUGACACAGCAGCCCCCGAUGCAUGUGACAACAUCCUGGCACGGAACGUGACAUGGCAGGAGUGCUGCUGUACCGUGGGCGAGGGCUGGGGCAGCGGCUGCCGAAUCCAGCAGUGCCCUGGCACCGAGACAGUGGAGUACCAGUCACUGUGCCCCCAUGGCCGCGGCUACCUGGCACCCAGUGGAGACCCAAGCCUGCGAAGAGACGUGGACGAGUGCCAUCUCUUCCGAGACCAGGUGUGGAACCCGCUCCGGGGCUCCUCCUGUUCCUGCAGCAACGGCUACUACUACCACACCCAGAGGCUGGAGUGCAUUGAUAAUGACGAGUGCGCCGAUGAGGAGCCCGCCUGUGAGGGCGGCCGCUGCGUCAACACCGUGGGCUCUUACCACUGCACGUGUGAACCCCCGCUGGUGCUGGACGGCUCACGGCGCCGCUGCGUCUCCAAUGAGAGCCAGAGCCUAGAUGACAAUCUGGGAGUAUGCUGGCAGGAAGUAGGGGCUGACCUCGUGUGUAGUCGCCCCCGACUGGACCGCCAGGCCACCUAUACGGAGUGCUGCUGCCUCUAUGGAGAGGCCUGGGGCAUGGACUGUGCCCUCUGCCCUGCCCAGGACUCAGAUGACUUUGAGGCCCUGUGCAAUGUGCUACGCCCCCCUGCGUAUGGGCCCCCACGACCAGGUGGCUUUGGACUCCCCUAUGAGUAUGGCCCAGACUUAGGCCCACCUUAUCAGGGCCUCCCCUAUGGGCCUGAGUUGUACUCGCCACCUGUGCUGUCCUACGACCCGUACCCACCACCACCUGGGCCCUUUGCCCGCCGUGAGGCCCCUUAUGGGGCACCACCCUUCGACAUGCCCGACUUUGAGGAUGACAGUGGCCCCUACGGUGAACCUGAGGCUCCUGCUCCACCUGGUCCGGGAGCCCGCUGGCCCUACCGGUCCCGUGAUACUCGCCGCUCCUUUCCAGAGCCCGAGGAGUCACCUGAAGGGGCCCUGGCUGAGCCCUACGAGGGCCUGGAGGAAGAAGAAUGUGGAGUCCUGGACGGCUGCACCAAUGGCCGCUGUGUGCGCGUCCCCGAAGGCUUCACCUGCCGCUGCUUCAAUGGCUACCGCCUGGACAUGACCCGCAUGGCCUGCGUCGACAUCAACGAGUGUGAUGAGGCCGAGGCCGCCUCCCCGCUCUGCGUCAAUGCACGCUGCGUCAACACAGAUGGCUCCUUCCGCUGCGUGUGCUGGACAGGAUUCGCACCCACGCACCAACCGCACCACUGCGCACCUGCCCGGCCCCGAGCCUGAGCCCCAGCAGCCCCAGCAGCCUUGCACGUCUGCACAUGUGGCAUCCCGACUGCACGCACCCUGCAGCCCGCUUUGGCACAGGUGCACAGGGAUGCCAGCCCUCAACAGAAGGAGGCACAGACUGUCGCAUGAGAGGAACGACCAUGCCCCUCACUGCUCACACCACCUCCAACCCACCCUACUGACUCCAAGGUCCUGGAUCACCAGGGUCUCCUUCACAGUCCCUCUCUCUUUUAUAGAAUUUUCAAUUAAAAAAAACGGCUAUUUUGUAC